GAAGCCGCCUGCCUGCCCGAGCUCAGUGUCGCAGGCCCAGCCUCUGCUCCUGAGAGAGUGAAAUCAGCCACAGCAUGACAUUUUUCUCCAGGCCUUGGUGGUGGUGGUGAGGAGGCAGCUAGCAUCCCGAGGGCCGGGCCAUGGAGGACCACGCCUGCGAAUCCACCUGGGAGUGUCCAGAGGAUAAGAGCCCCCCGGAUUCCCCUUGGUCAUGGAUUCCAAUCAUGAGAGACCCCGGAUGGAUUCGAAAUGUGUGGUCUUCAAACAUUAACGCUCAAACCAUGAAUUACGUCGGGCAGUUGGCGGGCCAGGUGUUUGUCACCGUGAAGGAGCUCUACAAGGGGUUGAAUCCCGCCACCUUGUCUGGGUGUAUUGACAUCAUUGUUGUCCGCCAACCCAACGGGAGCCUUCAGUGCUCCCCUUUCCACGUCCGCUUUGGGAAGAUGGGAGUCCUGCGCUCCCGAGAGAAAGUGGUUGACAUAGAAAUCAACGGGGAAUCUGUGGAUUUGCACAUGAAACUGGGAGAUAAUGGAGAAGCGUUUUUUGUUCAAGAGGCUGAUAACGAUCAGGAGGUAAUCCCCAUGCACCUGGCCACCUCCCCGAUCCUGUCGGAAGGAGCCUCGCUAAUGGAAAGCCAGCUGAAGAGGAACUCCGCAGACAGGAUGAGAAGUCUGGACCCCAACACGGCAGCCCAAGUCUUGCCUCCCAGUGAGACCCCUUCAAGUGGCUCUUUAGUGAAGAAAAGAAGAAAAAGGAGGAGAAAGUCCCAGCUGGACAGCCUGAAAAGAGAUGACAAUGUGAACACAUCUGAAGACGAAGACAUGUUUCCCAUAGAAAUGAGUUCCGAUGAGGAGAUGGACCCGCCAGACAGCAAUAGCAGAACUCUUUCUAGUGAUAUACCUCCAUUCUUAGAAGACGUUCCUAAGGAAAACCUUUCCCCAGUCAUGUCUUAUCCUCAGUCAGCCUCGUACCCUAAUUCCGAUAGAGAGUGGUCACCCAACUCCACUAGCCUGAUAGAUUGCAAAAGGACUCCCCCUCCCGUUGCAGUCGUGGCCGAGGGCGGGCUGUCUAGCUCUUGCCCUCCACAGUCGUCCCACUUCCAUGCUUCGGAAAGUCCUUCAGGUUCCCGACCUUCAACACCUAAAAGUGAUUCAGAAUUGGUCAGUAAGUCUGUGGAUAGGACGAUGCAGAAGAAUACCCUAGAAAUGCUCUGGCUGUGGGGAGAAUUGCCACAAGCUGCAAAAUCAUCGCCGUACAAGAUGAAGGAUCCCAGCCCGUUGAGCAGUAGAAAAAUCUGUGAUAAAAUGCACUUCCAUGCCAUUCACAGUGAAUCUUCCGAUGGGUGUAGUGACCAGUCGCCAACAUUGGCCGGGGGGCCUCCUGUGCAGCCACUUUUAGAGCCGAACAAGUCUCAGACAGACAUGCAGUUUGUGAAUGAAGACGAGAUCGAGGCCUUGGGAGCCGCAGCGCCACCUGUGCCCGCGACGGAAGAACCCAAACCCCUCGCUGCGGGAGGGGGCUCCACAGCAAGCAAGACGGAGUCUCCGAAGAGAAAAGACAAACGGAGCAGACACCUUGGUGCAGAUGGCGUCUACCUGGAUGACCUCACAGACAUGGAUCCCGAAGUGGCUGCCCUGUACUUUCCCAAAAAUGGAGAUCCUUCUGGGAUUCCCAAACAUGCAGACAACGGAUCCCGGUCAGCCAACCAGUCCCCACAGUCCAUGGGUAGCUCUGGCAUUGACAGUGGCGUGGAGAGCACCUCAGAUGGCCUGAGGGACCUGCCAUCCAUCGCCAUCUCGCUCUGCGGGGGCCUCAGUGACAACAGGGAGAUAACCAAAGAUGCAUUUCUGGAACAAGCCGUGUCAUACCAACAGUUUGUGGACAACCCUGCCCUCAUCGAUGACCCCAAUCUUGUGGUAAAGAUCGGGAAUAAAUACUAUAAUUGGACAACAGCAGCACCGCUGCUCCUGGCAAUGCAAGCCUUCCAGAAACCUUUGCCAAAGUCUUCAUGCUUAAGUUACCUUAGUGUAGUUUUGGAUGCCAUUAGGUUUUGCUUCUCAAAAAUUUUUAAUUCGCAAAUAGCCACAGUGGAAUCUAUCAUGAGGGAUAAGAUGCCCAGAAAGGGAGGAAGAUGGUGGUUUUCAUGGAGGGGAAGAAAUACCACAAUCAAGGAGGAAAGUAAGCCGGAGCAGUGCUUGGCUGGAAAAAGUCACAAUACGGGGGAGCAGCCGUCACAGCUCAGCAUGGCCGCCAGAAUAAAGCAUGAAUCAUCCUCAAGUGAUGAAGAGCAUGCAGCUGCCAAGCCAUCAAGUGCAAACCACCUCCCUCUGUUGUCCAACGUCAGCUACAAGAAGACCCUCCGGCUCACCUCAGAGCAGCUGAAAAGCUUAAAGUUGAAGAAUGGCCCCAAUGACGUGGUUUUCAGCGUCACCACACAGUAUCAAGGCACGUGUCGCUGCGAGGGUACCAUCUAUUUGUGGAACUGGGACGAUAAAGUUAUCAUUUCUGAUAUCGACGGGACAAUCACCAGGUCAGAUACUCUCGGCCACAUUUUGCCCACCCUCGGGAAGGAUUGGACCCACCAAGGCAUAGCUAAGCUGUACCACAAAGUGAGCCAAAACGGAUAUAAGUUUCUCUACUGUUCAGCGCGUGCCAUCGGGAUGGCGGACAUGACGAGGGGCUACCUGCACUGGGUCAACGAGCGGGGCACCGUGCUGCCGCAGGGGCCCCUGCUGCUGAGCCCCAGCAGUCUGUUCUCCGCCUUGCACAGAGAAGUGAUUGAAAAGAAGCCAGAAAAGUUUAAAGUACAGUGUUUGACAGACAUCAAGAACCUGUUUUUUCCCAAUACAGAACCUUUUUAUGCUGCUUUUGGAAACCGACCGGCUGACGUGUAUUCGUACAAGCAAGUAGGAGUGUCUUUGAACAGAAUAUUCACUGUCAAUCCCAAAGGAGAGCUCGUGCAGGAGCACGCAAAGACCAACAUCUCCUCGUAUGUGAGACUCUGUGAAGUGGUUGACCACGUUUUCCCAUUGCUGAAAAGAAGCCAUUCUUCGGACUUCCCCUGCUCAGACACUUUCAGUAAUUUCACCUUUUGGAGAGAGCCACUGCCACCUUUUGAAAACCAGGAUGUUCGUUCUGCCUCAGCAUGAUGUGUUCCAAGCAACCUCCAGCUAUCAUACGAAGACCGGGCCCCCCAUUAAAGGAUAGGUUUUGGGGGCCGAGGAGCAGAGCUCAGGAGCCUGGUGUGCAGUCAUUUGCUUACCAGCAGUGAGAGCUGAGAUGCAUUGUGUCCUUCCCCGCUGCCCCGGGGGCUGACAUUUCUGAGUGACAUAUGAACGGUGUACUUUACAGGCCAGGAGUCGGAUGCAUUUAUGUGUGGAGGGCAUUCCUCAGUGUGGCAUAAAGCCAGUGGCGACCCUGCGCUUCUGGCCUGCCCCAGCGUCACUGGCUCACGGCACUGUGGCCUGUGCAAGCGGGGCAGAGCUGGCUGCUACGGGGCCCGCUGAUGACAGCAGCACCUGAGGAACACCAGAUGUGCAUGACUUUUGGUAGAGUAGGGGGCAUGUUUCCACUAUGGCAGUUCGUACCACCUGUUCAGUGCACGGUGAGGGGGCUGUGCGGGGUCACGUGACGUGAGUCUGGGGUCUCGGAUGGGAUUCCAAACCUGGGUUUUGGCCUCGUGGAUGUUCCCUUGCAGUAUGUGCCGACUGGUCUAAUUUUUUAGGUGAUAAGUUCUUUAAUUCCUUUGGUUGAACAUAACCUACGUAAAUGGGAUCUUCCCUCCUUGCCCCCCUUUUUUUUGUGGCUCAAGGCUGGAGUUUUUGAUGCCUUAAUGCAUCUGUGGCAGAGAUUUGGUUUCGAAUGUGCUUUGUCUAGCUCUCUGUAACUUUGCAAUGCCUUAAGUUGAGACUGUAGUAAAUAUUACUAAGACACUGUGCCAGCAGCCUUUUAUCAGCAAGGUGGUGCUGAGAACGUGGGCUUGAACAGAGCUGAUGCCAAAUGGUAAUUAGGGCUCUCAAAGGAAACUGGUUGGUUUUAAGGAAAUAGUUUCAAGAAGUUAAAUUAUAUUCUCUGUAGAUAUUAUUAUUUAUUACUUUACUCUGGGUUACUGUUAUAAGCAUUUUAGCCAUAUUCUUUCUAUUAUAACUGUCACUAAUACAUUAAAAAGAUAUACGUUAGACUAUCCAAAGAGCCUUAUUCUAUAUAUCUUACAACACUGACCUUCUUUUGAGAUUUAUGAGUGACACUCUUUAUUUUCCUUAGCUUUCUCCACCCAAGGGGGAGUGCAAGUAAUAAUUUGAGGGACACUUUUUUAAGCCGGUAGAAGAUGAUUCUCUUACUUGUUUAUUAAAUUGGCUUGUGGAGAGAACAAUUCGAAAAGUGAAAGAAUUAUUUUGGUAAAAGAUUUUUGCUUUACUUUUUGAAAUAUUAUUUUUCUAAAGAGCAUUUUGCUCCAAUGAUUGAAAUGCUUUCCUAUUUAAAUGGCCUUGUUAGAGUCAAGGGAGGCAAAAAACAAUGGAACAGUUGAACGAAAUUCUACUCUUUCUGUGAAAGAAGACGCAGAGGUGUUGUCUCCGUUUAGUUGGUGGGCUGUUAGCAGUGGAUGCCUUUUCUGAACGGUCCGUGUGCCCCACAGAGAAUGGCAGACAUACGUGUGUAGUCGAUCGCACAUUUGCAUGGAAAUGUAAACACGCAUGUGCAGUUUCCCUUUUGGAGGCACUAAAAAUAAGGAAAAAUAGUCCUGCCUUCACCACUCUGGGCUUAUUCAUUAGUGAGCUUUAGAGGCUGCAUUGAUUCUUUCUGUCACGGGGGUGUUUGGGGGGUGAAUUUGAACUGUUGGGAAGUAAGUAGGUUUGCGGAGGCUGACAGAGUGUCUUCUCACGCUGGGAGGAGUUUGGCUGCGAGUGGCUCAUGAAUCCCUCCUGCCCUUGCCCUCGGCAGGACAAGCGGCUGUAGUCCUCGCUCCAUGCAGCUGUGAGAGCAGUCCCCCUAAGCUUCCACAGCACUGCACGCUGAGCCAGAGCACGCCUGCCUUCCAGAAAGUCAGACUCACAUCCGUGUCAAGUUCAGAGUGGGACCCCCAGAGAGGCUGUAACAUUCACACCUGCCUGUGGCUUUGGAAAACGAGAUGUGGCCACGGGCAGCACUCACACAUAUGUGGGUUGGUUUAUCUGUGUUUACACAACUAUAACCAACAACUCAUGGUCACGUGCUGGAGCCCUGUCCUUGGAUCACACGUUUCCAGGCUGUGCUAAGGAAACGAGUCACUUCCUAGUGACGGGUCAUCAAAUGUUCACCACAUUGUGAUGGAGAAAAAUAUAUGUACCUGGUACUUUAGAGAAAUGAUUGCAUCUCCAAAGAGAAUUUCCGUUUUCAAUUUUAGGUUUGCAGCACUACUUUAAAUAUAUUUUUAUUUAUAGCACUUGGUCUGUAUGUGUAUAUGCUGGUGCAAUGAUAAAAAUCACUGUACUACUUCAUUGUGUUGUGCUGGCUGCAAAGCUAGAAAAUAUUGUAAUAAACGAGAUCGAUGAAAGACUUCUCUGAAAAUGACGCGUGUGAAUUUUAAAUGGUUUUUGGUAAGUGAUUAAGUUGCUGAUUUUCUAGUGUGUGAUAUCAAACAGAUUAUUUUAUUCUCAAAAAAACCAAAAAAAGUUAAGGCUAUGAACUGUUUGGAAUACGUGGAAUAAAAGAGCCAGUCUUUUCUGAUGCCUUUGGUAAAAUACCCGCCUUCCGUGUGCACUUGGGAGGGAAGGAGGGUACAGACGAAAAGGAGAGGGCUACACCCCAGGUGCAUCCCACCUGAGGGGAUUGACUUGGGAACGGGGUGGUUUCACUUACACGUUGUACAUGGAGUGCUUCCAGGGCCUGGCCCGAAAUCAGUGCUUCCCACGUGUCUAUUACAUAAGCGGGUUCUGCUCUGUGUACUUUUAUGAGAUGGUUAAUCACCUGUGGCCAUGAGAGACGACACAGGCGAGGCUCAGGAAAACCAAGUUUCUUAUACUCACAGGUCCGAGGAACGGGAGGCAGGCCACGCCAUGCCAGGCAGGGCCGCGUCGGGAAGCACCAGGGUGAUCAGGAGGCAGAAGACAGGAGUGAGGGGACAGCCGAGGCUUUAUUGGGGUUCGUGCAGGAAAGGCAGGGCCGGGCAGGGUGAGCAGUUUGGGAUUGGCUAGGCUGACGAAUUCCAGGGGCCUCUAAGCGAUCGGGCUGGUGUCUGCUGCCUGGCCCUGGUCCUGGGGUGAUGAAGGCAGGAGAAUGUUGCCUGCUGGGGUGCACAGGCCAGAAAGGGGGUCAUGCAUAUCCCAGGCAUGCUCCAGUCGGGCCCUUUGCUACCUCUUAAGAAAAGGCUAGCCACUCUCUCGUCAGCAAGAAAGGCUUUUUUAAGAUGUAAGUCCCUAGAGUAACAUACAGAAAAUAAAAGUACAAACAGUUCAGUUUCCUUGCCUCACAUUCGGUGUCCUCAGUUUCUGGACUCUUCCUUCUCUGUGGUAUAUUGAUUCAUUUUUCAUUUUGAACAAACCCAUCAAAACCCUUGACUGCUUCGCCCAGAUCACUUAAAAACUGUCAUAAUUCCUAUUGAUUUUGUGCAUUAUCGACAUGCCUGAGACGUCCUAUUGAUUUACCUGCUUCAGCCUAAGUGUUUUUGGAAUAAUUGUAAGAGCCUUGGCCCCUAAAUGCUUAAAAGAUGGCCACACAGGAUACCAGGCUGAGCUCCCCGUGAAGCCCAGACCCAAACAGUUCACCUCCGGGCC